AUGGAUGUGCUAUCCGAGAAGUCCAACAUGGAGCUCCACGAGCGAUGGGUGGUCUACGAAGCCACAGUCCCCCACGACACGCAACGAUACGCUCUGAAAGUCCGCUACCAAAUGGCAGCCAAAGGAGUUAGUGGGCGCGAUCUCAUCUCCGAGGAAAUCAUGGCGCGGAGGUGCUUCGAAGACGAAUGCCAGGCCCUACAAGACUGUCGGGAAUCCGUCUACUUCCCAAACUACUGCGGGUGCGCCGAGCUGCCUGGUGCCGAGAAUCCCCUCAAAGAUGGUGGGCAUGUUUGGGUGAUUGCGAUGGGUCUCGCUGGCGGCACCAGUGUCGUGGAGAUGCCCGGCCUCGGGUAUCUCGAGAACCGGAUCAUUCGGGAUCAGGUUGUUGAUGCGUUGGAGUAUAUGCGUCUGAAGGGGUGGGGCUUCUUCAUGCAGGAGACGGAGCAGAUCUUCUUUGAUCCUGGUCGACGGUUGAUAUGUAUUGUUGGGCUGUCGAGGGCAGGGAGGGAUGGCGUCUUUCCUCCACCGCCAGCGAACCGAAUCACUAGGAACCAUCGGGAUGUUCUGGCCUUUGGAUUGGGGUGGUGGCGGGAGUGA